AUGGCGGCCGCUGCCGAUGUUCGCGAUAUGCUGGAUCUGCCAGCUGAGAGCCAGCCCAGACCUCACAAGAAGCAAAAAGUGGUUGAGAAGCGACCAGAGGGUAUCACCCGUGAACUGUACGCGUUGCUGGGAGAGCGGGCGCCGCCGAUUGCGAUCAACGAGAACAAAUACAAGGGCCGUCCAAAACUGCUGAACAAGCUACGCGUGCGACAAUGGCGCAUGUCGCCUUUCGCCAAUGGGGCCCGAUCAGACGGUCUGGUCUUGAACCACUGGCAACGAAAGCAUGAGGGUGCGCGACAACCCGCUCCGGAGGGAACACAGAUGGAUGUGGAUGUGGAUGGGACGAAGGAAGAGGGCAAGGAGGAUACCAAGCCCCUGGAACAAGAAUACACAUUCGCCAAGUACAAUGUAAAGGCACAGCUGCCGCGCCGAUACACAGACGACGAAUACAGCCGACAUCUCCGCAACAACGAGUGGACACGCGAGGAGACGGACUAUCUGAUGGACCUGGUCGCUGAGUACGACCUACGCUGGGUGCUCAUUGCCGACCGCUACGAAUAUCAACCGCGAAUGGACUCCGAACCCGAAGGCAACGCCAUUGUUCCCGCAAAGACAGUCCGAACAAUGGAGCACAUGAAAGCACGGUACUACUUCAUCGCCGCAACAAUGCUAGCAAUCGAGCACCCACCGUCCGAAAUGUCCGAAGCCGAAUUCGAAUGGCACGAGAAAAUGCUCAAGUUUGACCCGAACCGUGAACGAGACCGCAAGGAACUCGCCGCUCUCCAACUCAACCGCACCGCCGACGAAGUCCGCGAAGAAGCAAUGCUACUGGAAGAACUCAAGCGCAUCACAAGCAACGAACAGAGUUUCAUCUCCGAGCGCCGCGAACUCUACUCCCGCCUCGAAGUGCCCGUCAGCGUCGGAAACACCGCCAUGUACCAGUCCAGCCAAGGUCUCUCCCAACUCCUCCAAACCCUCCUCCAAGCAGACAAGAGCAAGAAACGCCGUUCCAUCCUCGGCCCCGACGGCGCUGUCGCCAGUCCCGCCGCCGGCCAAACACCCACACAAGCAGGAGGACCAGUCAGCCGCGGUGAUACACCUAGUGCCAACGCCGCCGCCUCCGCGACGAAUAACAAUAACAAAAAGGGACCCGCAGUUCCCCCAACCCUGCCCGUGGUCCGCCAACUCACAGCCGCCGAAGAAUCCCGGUAUGGCAUUCAGCACCACGAGCGUGUCACAGCCGGCGUCCAAUUCCGCAGCGACCGUGCCCAGAAACUCACGCAGGCCAAGUCCAACGUGCAGACGCAAAAGCUCGCCGGCGCACUGGCAGAACUCGAGAUCCCCGUGCGUCUGUUCAUGCCUACCGAGCGUGUUUGCAAGGACUUUGAGAAACUCAUCCAGUCCGUCAAUGUGCUUCUUGAAGCGCGAAAGGUCUCCGAGAAGGUUGAGAGCGAGAUUCGUGUUCUUGAAGCUUCCAGGGCGGAGCGCGAACGUAAGGCGAGAGAAGCUGCCGGUGAGACUACGGCUGCGGAUCCUGAGAAUCCGGAGGUGAAGACUGAGGCGGAGGAUGGCACUGGUGUUCUAGGUUCUACUGCUGAAGCGGCGGGUUCAGGUGGGGAGAAGGGGGAGGGUGGUGAUGGUGAGAAUGCCGAAGAGGCUGCGAAGGACGAUGGUAAUCAUAAGAGGUCGGCUAGUGUGCUCAGCGCUGUUAGUGACAAGAGCAAUAAGCGGCAGCGGAGGUAG